UUCUAGAUUGCCCUACCCUUAGCACAAUGACUGAGACAACAAGUUUUAUGGAACAUGAAGGUGCGAUGCUGUCAGCUGAUGAGGUAGCAACUCCCAUAAAUCGACUGAUGCUCAAGAUUCAGAAAACUGUUUCCAUGACAAUAACACAGGCCCGUCAGAGAAUUCUGCAAGGCUUUGUGGUGUUUUCUGUCACUUUCUUCUUGCUCUGGAUUGCAGCCUUUUUAUACGGAAGCUUCUACUACUCUUACUUGCCCAAAGCAGCUUAUUCUACCCCUGUGCACUAUUAUUACAGAACAGACUGUGAAUCUCCAGAUUCUUUCAUGUGCUCAUACCCUGUGGCAAAUAUCUCUUUAAUGAAGAACAAGAAGCAUGUGUUAACGUUUGGGCAAGCCUAUCGAAUGUCUCUGCAGCUGGAGAUGCCUGAGUCUCCAGUCAAUCAGGACCUUGGGAUGUUUAUGAUUAGAGCUACCUGUUUUUCUCAAGAUGGAGGGCAGGUUGCCUCAUCUGCCCGUGCUCUGUCUGCUUCCAGUUCCCAUUUUGGAAUGCUGCGAUACCGAUCGGAAUUGGUGAGGACUUUGGAGACACUGCUUCUACUUCCCGCAUUUCUGACAGCGACCGCUGAGCAGAAACAGGUGCUUGAGGUGGAACUCUUCUCAGAAUACACUGAUGACCCGUAUGCUCCCUCAGAUACUGCCAUUAUUGAGAUCUUAUCCAAUAAAGUGCAGAUCUACUCUUCUCGUCUCCUCAUUCAUGCUCACUUCACUGGUUUAAGGUAUUUGUUGUUUAAUUUCCCGCUCAUCUCAGCUGUGGUGGGUGUCUCCAGUAACUUUAUCUUUCUAAGUGCUCUGUUUGUCUUAAGUUAUAUGAGACAAAUCUUGAAACUAAGGCAAAAACCUCAAGAGCUUAUAUCUGACAGUCCAUCAGCACCGCAGUGAGAGAGAGGAGAAGAAUGUGGUAGAGAUUAAAAA